GGAAUUAUACCUUUUUUUUUCUCUCUCUCUCGCCUCGCUUCCUUCGAAUCCAUCCAUCUCUCGCCUCCCUUUCCAAUUCGAUGCCUUUGUAGCGCUGCUGCCUCGCCCCCGCCGCGUCGUCGCGGGUCCCCGGCUUCGCUUGCUGCUGCGCUUCCAGCGUCAUGGACGGGGGAUCCGGCAAUGCCUCCAGCGGCGGAGCGGCGGUGUGCUGCUACUACGCGCUCCUCGGCGUCCGCAAGAGCGCCUCCGCCACCGACAUACGCACCGCGUACCGGAGGCUCGCGAUGAAGUGGCACCCGGACCGGUGGGCCAGCGAUCCCGGCGCGGCCGGCGAGGCCAAGCGGCGGUUCCAGCGGAUCCAGGAGGCCUACUCAGUUUUAUCGGACAAGGGGAAGAAGGCCAUGUACGACGCCGGGCUCUUCGAUCCCCUCGACGACGACGACCAGGAUUUCUCCGACUUCAUGCAGGAGAUGCUGGUGAUGAUGGAUAACGUGAAAAACGAGAAGCCGGACACGCUAGAGGACCUGCAGAAGAUGCUGGCGGACAUCGUGAACGGCGACGGCGGGGACGGCGUAGGCGGGCGCGUGCCGCCGGCGCCGCCGGACGUUGCUCGGCGAACGCGCGUCGCGCCCCACCCGCAGCCGCAGCAGGCGCGUAGGUGACCGCCGCGCCGCCGUAGCUGCGGCGGAGUACGUACGCUUUUGGUGAAAGGGACUGGAGAAGGAUCAGAAACGGGAGGCUCUCUGGAAAAAGGAGAAUAAAAAUUUCAGGCCAUCUUUUGAUCAUAAUCUACCAAUCCUUUAUUGUAGCAGUGGUCGAUUGUGUAAGCUACCGGCCGCGCCGCCGCAAUAACUGUCGGUCGUGGCCGGGUAUUCUUACUUUUUUUUUAUUUAUCUCGUCGACGUUUCGAUUUA